AUGUGUUGGAUGUGNAGGCCGUGUGAAGGCUGCAAAGCCUGCCCUUUGCUAGAUGCUGCUGUUGCUUAUUUUAUUUGGAAUGAAGCUCUUCACGCUGCACCAUUUCUUAAGAGCUUAGAGUCGGAAUUGGAAAGGAGAGAAUGGGAGAAUGUAGCUUCUUAUCCAACACCAGCAAACAUAGCGAUUGUCAAAGAAUUCUAUGCUAAGGCAAGGGAAAUUGGUAACAGUAAGAGAGAAGCCUACACUAGUUAUGUGAGAGGGAAGAUCAUUCACUAUGAUCUGGUCACUAUAAACAGGUUUCUUAACACUGAGUGGGCUGGUGAACAGUGUCAGUAUGCACUGACUUUGGAGGAAGGAGCUAACUAUGAGGCACCCAUUCAGAGAGAACUUUGUAUGUGCCUGGAGGACGCUUUCAGAGGAACAGGAAUGAGGCACCCAUUCAUAUUAGGAGAUGAGGGACAUGUAUAUGUCCCUGAGGGAGGCGAGGAUGUAGGCAUUGGACAGAAGGCAGAGGAUCAGGCACAAGCUAGUGGAUCUGGAGCAGUUGAAGCUGCAGCCAUGGAUGAUGAUGAUGAAGAUGAUGAUGAUGAAGAUAGUGAUGACGAAAAAGAUGAGGAAGAGGAAGACGACAAAGAGGAGGAUGAGGAUUCAGAUGACAGUCAAGGAUAA